AUGGCAGACCUUGAAAAAUCGCUAAAGAUUUUUCCUCGACAGACUGGAGUGUAUGUAAAUCCGUAUGGCUCUGACAAUGAAAAGACGGUUAGGAAGGUUCGUGCGGAAGUAUGUGGAUACAAGGCGCCUGAGACUGCACUCACAAGGAAUUACAUUGACAAGAAAUGUCCAUUUACAGGAGAUGUCAAUGUCCAUGGAAGGAUUAUCAGGGCUGUGGUUAAGAAAAUGAAGGCCGAGAAGACAAUAGUGGUGGUGGUGAACUAUCUGCACUACAGCAAGAAAUAUAAGAGGUAUAGCAGACGACACACUAAUCUGUCGGUGCACAUGUCACCAUGCUUUGAGGGGAUGAUAAGUGUUGGAGACAGUGUGAUUUGUGGUGAGACCAGGCCACUUUCGAAGACAAAGUCAUAUGUGGUUCUUGGAUGUAUCAAGAAGUCUACGCCACAGAAGGAAUUUAAGCUCCUUGAGAGUAUCUAA